AUGGCUAACCAAAUCAUUGACACAACUGAAACAACAAGCAUCUCAUCUGAUGACGAAUUUGAAAAAGGAAUUCUUUAUUCGUCACCUGAAUAUAAAGACGAAGACUAUUGUAUGAUCGAAAAUGAUUGGUCUUCAUCUGAUGAUGAUAGUGAUAAUGAUACAGAUGACAAAGAAAUAACUUAUCAUCAUAAAGAAACGUCAGAUGAGAAGAAGAUUCAUUGGAAUGAUGGCCCUUAUCUCACUCAUGAUGUAUAUAAACAAUAUAUGACCCGAUUCGAACGUCGACAAGCAUGUUACUUCCAAGAGCAACUCCAAGAAGUUCGACAACAAUUAAGAAAUGAUAAUCUUAUUUUACGACCCAUUUAUAAAGAUAUAGGAUAUCAUAUGGAACCUGUUAACACUUUUCAUCACAAAGUCAAUCAAUUCAUAAAACAAACAAAGAGCUAUUCAUUCGUUUUUACACUCAGUCGUUCAUAUCCAACUGCUAGCCAAAAUCAUUUAGCUAAAAUGGUUGAACGAAUUGAAACAAAAUUGAACAAUUUAUUAAGUUCUAAAUCUAUUAAUGAAACACAAUAUAUGGCUAUGAAGAUUGAUCGAUCUACAGUACGAAUGAAUUAUUUAUACUUCGUAUCAAACACACAUAAAGAAGGAAUUCCUGUUCAACCAAUCCUAGUAUGUAAUGAUGGACCGACGAACGGUAUUAGUCGUUAUCUUGGUCGUCUUCUUGGAUUACUUUUGAAUAAUGCAACUCAUUGUAAAAAAUUUCACAAAGCUUAUAAUGUUAUCCAUGCAAUGAACUUCUAUGAAAAAAGUGGGCAACUUCGACCAACCACUUUAUUGGUUUCAUUUAAUAUCGAUGAUUUAUGUUUAAAAUUUUUACAUGAACAAGUUAUCAAUGCUUUAGAAAAUUUUCUAAAUUUCUACAUCUCUGCCGAUCAUUCUAUUCAAGGUAUGAAAAUUAGUACCAUUCUUGAACUUGUUCGUCUCGUACUCGAUGAACAAUACUUUAUUUAUAAUUAUAAAUUAUAUCGACAAACGGCUGGCUGUGCUUCUGGCUCAUCAUUAACAAUUCCAUUAGCCUAUAUUUAUUUAUAUUAUUGGCAACGAGAUUUAUUAGAAGAUCUUAUAAAUAAGAAUGAACUCUUUAUCAGAUAUCAAGAUGAAGCAUUUAUUACAUGGAAUAGAUCGGAAGAUGAACUUCGUACCAUACUUGCAACAGCUAAUUCACUAUUUCCACAAUCCAUGUGGAAUACAACUAAUAUUGGAUCAACGAAUCAUUUUCGUGAUCUCCACAUCACCAACCAUAAUGGAGUUUUUCAAACAUCUGUUUACCAUGCACAAAUGUACAACGAAAAACUAUUAAUGACAUCAUUUCCAGAUAUUAUACAACCUCCAAUAAAACAAAAUACAUGGAAAUGGUUACGUGCUGCAAUCAUGAAAGCUACACGAUAUUGCUCAACUCCAGAUACUUUCCACCACGAAAUGCUUGAAAUCAAAUGGGAAGCUCAAUUUUAUAAAAUACCUACCACAGUCUACAGUGAAGCUUAUAACGAAAUUUUAGAAGAUUUCGAAACAUCAUCAUCAAACAAUCAUGUUCAACAUACUCUAAUUACAAUGUGCAAUCAAGUCGUUAAAACACUCCAUACUUUAUUUCUUCGUAAAGCAAUUACAACUGAACAAUAUGAAAAAAUGAUGUACUACAAUCAAACCACAAUCUGUAGUGUAAAUCAUCUGUAUUUUAUACCAGAAAUACGUCAUAAACAAAUCUCAAUCCAACCAAGGAUCACUUGUUACAAAGAAGAACCUAUCCAUGCAAUUGCAUCUUUCGUUCAUCGUCGUCUUCAACCUUUCAUCAAUCAUAUGAUUCAUACGACGUUUACAAUUGUCAAAGGAGAUGAUGUCAUUGAAGCUUUGGAGCGAUAUGCUCAAAAAGGUUCUCUUCGAUCAACUACACUUUUCGUUAAAAUCGAUACUCAUGAUCUUUGCAAUACGUUAUCUCAUCAUGUACUUAUUACAGCCUUAGAAAAGUUUUUAGGUAUCUUUGUACAAAGUGAAUAUAUCAAAGGAACAUCAAGAGCAACAAUGAUUCAACUUGUUCAACUUAUUCUUGAAAAUCAAUUUUGUAUCUAUGACAACAAAUUAUAUCGACAGACUGCUGGUGGUUCAAUUGGUUCACCAUUGAUCAAAGGAUUAAUCGAUAUAUAUCUAUAUCAUUUACAACAUGAUUUAUGUUCGAAAUUAUUCAAUAAAAGAGAAGUCGUUGGAAGAUAUUUGAAUCAAAUAUUCUUCACUUGGAAUAGAUCAAAAGAUGAACUACAAACGUUACUGAAUCGAAUCAAUAGAACUGAUCCCAACUAUGUUCAUACACAAAUGACAAUCUUCAUUAGUAACAAAUUAGAAUAUCUUAGUGCUGAAAUUAGUCAUCAUGAAGGUAGACUACAGACAAGAGUCUAUCAUGAUUGUAAUCUUGAACCAUAUGCAUUACCUUAUCUGGUGGAAACAAAAAUAAAUUCGCAAGAUCAUGAAUUAUUAUUACGUGCUGCUCUCAUUCGUGCUCUUUUCUAUUGUUCGAAUGUCGAUGAAUUUGAGAAUGAACGUUUGCAUAUUGAAGUAUCUUUUAUUCUCAAUGAUAUAUCAAUGAAUUUUAUUCGAAACGGUGUUCACAAGUUUCUUUACGAAUUUGACCUAUUCAUGGUAGAUGAUACCUGCAUUAAUGAUGCUACGUAUCAAAAUCAUCGACGACAGUUUCAAGAAUUUCUCCGAGAAAUGAACAAAUAUACUGUAAAAGCACGAGAAAAACUGCGACAACGACUUCGACAACAAAGACAACGCCGACAACAACAAAAACGACGAGAGCAACAACGGCACAGACAACAGCAACGUCGACGAGGGCAACAAUUCUAUGAAAUGAAUGCAAACAAACAGGAAGACAAAGAAAAAGACGAAAACCCACGAGUAUUAUCAUCCGUUAUUGAGCAACAUAUAGAAAAUGACAAAAAUUGUCAUGCAAAAUUAAAUCAACUUCAAUAUCCAACAAUGAUAAUGACAGCCAUGGUACAAAAAAAUAGAGAAAAAGUUCGAUGUGACUAUUGGAAUAUGUCAGAUACUGAAUUUAGUGAACGAUUAUUCAACAUUACUAAAAAUGAUCAACAUCGUCAAACUAAAAUCAAACGAUGGCUAGAAAGAGAUGUAUUAUUAUUACAAUUUAUACGAGAACAUGCUUGUUUACUAGCUGAUUUUUAUAUAUUAAAAAUGGAACUAGAUCUAUAUGACAUGUAUGUGAAUAUGACACAAUCGGAAUUUUUUUGGGUAUCACAAAUGUCUCCAAGCAUGAUUCAAGCGAGAACUAUAGAUGAACAAUUUCUUGAAACGCAUACCGAUGCCAAACAGCAUUUAGAGAUCAUUGAAAAACAAUUUAGUCAAGUCAAGAAGAAUGUUAUUAACUAUGUACAGCGUAAAGAACAACAACAUCAAAUGUCAACAUUAUCAAUCACUGAUAUGAAUCUAUUAAAGGCAUUUAUUAUUACAUUCAUACGACAAGAUCAAAAAUGUUUACACGCUGAUUCAGAACAAAAAAAAACUUCAUUAUUACUAAAUGCGAAUGAUGUUCGCUCAGUAAAAGAAUUCUAUGAUUUACAACCAACUUCACUACAGAUUAGGUUAGCAUGCAAUAUUUGGCGAGCAACUAUUCAGCAGGAACGAGCAAAGAAAAUCAAGAAUUCUUCUAAAUCAUGUACGACUAAUAAUGAAGAAGAUAAUCUUCGUUGUCCACUACAAUCGAAUAACAACAAUGCCACAACUGUUAAUAUAUUCUCACAAUCUUCGAUUGGCUGCAACAAUUUAAAAAAUCCAUUACAAUUAAUUUUAGAAGAAAUGUACAAACCAGCCAAAGAAUGGCCUCGAAUAACACCAGAUACUACGAUAAGAGAUAGUGCUGAUAUUAUCGAAAAUAGCAAGAAAACUUUUCUUAGUCUCAAUCAACAACAAGAACAAAACUCUUUAUCCAUGGCCCAUACAGACUCAAAUCUUAAUUAUUUAUUAAUGAAUAUUAUUGAAAAUCGUCAACGAACAUUAACACAACGUAUACAAUUCACUCGUGACUUUGACAAGAUAUCUUUUAAUGUUCAUCAUAAUGAUUUCAAUAACAUGAAUGAAACCAACAAAGUUUAUGAUAAGGAAAAUCAUGAUGAUAAUGAUAAUGAAGAUAUUGAAUAUAAGAACAAUAGUGACAUGCUCAAGGAUGACGGCGACUAUGAUGCUGACAAUCUACAGUUCUAUUGUUUAUAG